AAAACUUUCCAAAUCAGUUAAAUCAAGAAGUGUGUCAGAUUGUUGUGGUCAUUCUUAUUUCACAGAUUUUCAGUAUAAAAUGGAUUCAAUUUACAUUUGUAAUGAUUCUACAAAACACGGUUUUAAAAAAAAAUUUAAUUACAAAACAACAAACCAAGUUUAACACGAGUAAUGAUAUGAUUGAUAAACAAUACAUCAUUCAGUCGAUAGUGGUGUUUCCGACACCUCUUAAAUCAGUUUAGAUUACGACACUUAGAAGAGUUUUCGGGUUUUUGACAGUUUAAAGAUUGAAUGAAAGAAGAUAAAGAAAUAUGAAUGAUAAUACACGAAAUAUGCGUGACUUUCUGUUGCUGUAUAAUCAGUUAACAGAACAGUGUUUUGAUCGUUGUGUAUAUAACAUGAGUAGAAACAGUGUUUCUAACAGAGAAAAUGACUGUAUUUCAAUGUGUGCAGAUAGAUAUGUAGCGUUUAAUCAGAAAACUAUGCAUGUAUUUGUGGAAUAUCAGAAUAUGAAACAGCAAGUAGCUCUCAAUGCACAGUCCUCACCUGGUACCAGUGGAACUGUGGCAUGAAGUUAUUUUAGCUAAUGUUUGAACUCUUGAAUAUAACAUUCUACAGGAAUUUAGUGACUGUAAUCAGAUGGGUGCUCUAUUCAAAAUGAAUAACCAUAAUAUUUCAUUUAAACAUACUAAGCACAGGUCUUCCAAAAGAAAUACAAAGUAGUUUUAUGGAGAUGAAGGCCUGUAAAAUGUUAAUUCUGUAUGAAGUUUGUAGAAAUUGUAUAAACUGUAAACGUAACAAAUGAUCAUUUUUGAUAAAUAAAUGUUUUUACCAGCAAAUAGAACUC